AGAGAAAAGUUUUGUGUUGCCUCAUGGAUUUCAAAUUUCCAGUCUGAGCUGUGAUGGAUUCAUUACUUAUUUCUCUGUGGAAGGUGCGGAUGGAAAUUAGAGGUCAGCGAAACAAGACCCUUUCUCCUAAUGGUUCUACCACCUCCCACCAGCACCAUGCUGGAGACCAGGCCUUUAACUUAUGGGCCUCUGGGAGACAACCAUCCAAGCCACAGCACAAUUGUUUUUCAGAGCACAGAGAUGAUUCUCACCAGCGUGGGCCUCAAGGCCACCAUCCUUUUCCUCCUGGCCUGGGCUGGCCUGGCUGCUGGCGAUCGCGUGUACAUCCACCCAUUCCACCUUCUCUUCUACCCCAAGAGCAGCUGUAUCCAGUUGGAGAAGUCCAAUGGGGAGACCCCCAAGGAGUCAACCUUCACACCCAUCCCAGUGCAGGCCAAGAGUUCCCCUGUGAAUGAGGCUGCCCUGUAUGAGCGGCUGGUGCUGGCCGCUGAGCAGCUGACAGCUGAAGACAGGCUGCGCGCCACCCAGGUUGGGAUGAUGGCCAACUUCCUGGGCUUCCGCAUGUACAAGACCCUGAGUGAGGUGGGGAGCACAGCCAGCGGGGUCAUCCUGUCCCCUGCGGCUCUCUUUGGUACCCUGGCCUCUCUCUACCUGGGUGCCCGGGACCCCACAGCCAGCCAGCUGCAGGCACUACUGGGGGUUCCCAUGCAGGACCAGGGCUGCACCUCCCGGCUGGAUGGGCACAAGGUCCUCUCUGCCCUACAAGCUGUUCAGAGCCUUCUGGUAGCCCAGGGCGAGGCCAGUGACCAGACAAGGCUGUUACUGUCCACUGUGGUGGGCCUGUUCACGGCCCCGGGCCUGCGGCUGAAGCAGUCAUUUGUGUUGGGCCUGGCUCCUUUUGCCCCUGUCAUCUUCCCCCGCUCUCUGGACUUGUCCACCAACCCAGAUCUUGCGGCUGAGAAGAUCAACACGUUCCUGCAGGCUGUGACAGGGUGGAAGAUAGGUGGACCCCUGGCAGGGGUCAGCCCAGGCAGCACCCUGUUGUUCAACACCCAUGUCCACUUCCAAGGGAGGAUGAAGGGCUUCUACUUGCUGCCUGAGCCUCAGAAGUUCUGGGUGGACAACAGCACCGCGGUGUCUGUCCCUAUGAUGUCGGGCUCCGGCAUCUUCCAGCACUGGAGUGACACACAGAACAACUUCUCAGCUACUCAUGUGCCCAUGGGCAGGAGUGCCACCCUGCUGCUGAUCCAGCCCCACUGCACCUCCAACCUGGACCAGGUUGUGCCCCUAGCCUUGCACCGUGACUUCCUGGCGCAGAUGAAUAACCUGUCUCCCCGGGCCAUGCGCCUGACCUUGCCCCAGCUGGAGCUGAGAGCAUCCUACGACCUACAGGAGCUGCUGGCCUGGGCCAAGCUGCCCACCCUGCUGGGCACCGAGGCCAAUCUAGACGGGAUCAGCGACACCAGCCCAAGACUGGGAGAGGUGCUGAACAGCCUCCUUUUUGAACUCAAAGCAGAUGAUGGGAAGCAACCUGUGGAGUCCACUCCCCAGGCAAGCACACCUGAGACCUUGGAGGUGACCCUGAGCAGCCCCUUCCUGUUCGCUAUCCACGAGAGGGAGGCAGGUGCCCUGCACUUCCUGGGCCGUGUGGACAACCCCCUGAGCGCAGUGUGAGGUCAGUGCUUGCUGUCUGUGGGACAAGGCUGGCAGCAGAGCACCCCGCCAUGUCAGUGACUGUUGCCCCUGGUCUUCUUCCUUUCCUUCCAAGAGUGACGCUGGGCGACAGCAAUCUCCUCUGUAAACACAGUGCUAUGGAUAAUGAGCAGCUGAAUCAGCCUCCCAGGCCAGGUUGCUUGGAGGAUGGGGGUGGGAGCCAGAAGCCAGUGUUUAGCAUAGGCCUGUUCUGGAAAGAACGGGAACUGACCAACUUGUUUGUGAAACCAGAAAGAGUUAGCUUUUAAACUGAGAACAGAAAUUGGGUUUUAAAAUUAAAACACAUUUGGUUUUAUUGCUCUGGUUUUAUAUUUAGCUUGAGUGUGACCUUGACCUUCAUGGGGUUUCCACAAUAUCUUAGUUGUUCUUUCCUGUGAUUUUUGAAAAACACAAAAGAUGUAAGAAUUUGAAUUUAGCUAGAAUGUAAUACCAUAGCUGAUUUAUCUCUGUAUUGUUAAUAAAUGUCUUGCAACAAGAA